AUGUUUUGCGCAAUCUCGGGCGAGCCGCCAAAGGUCGCUGUCGUCUCGAAAAAGAGCGGCCUGAUCUACGAGCAGCGACUCAUCACCAACUACAUCAACGAGAACGGCAAGGACCCUGUCACCGGCGACGAGCUGCAGCUGGACGAUCUGAUCGAGAUCAAGUCGAGCCCCAAGACUGCCAUUCCGCGGCCGCCAACACAUAGCUCCAUCCCGUCGCUGCUCACCACCCUGCAGAAUGAGUACGACGCCAUCAUCAUGGAGUCAUUUACGCUCAAGAAACACUACGACAACCUGAGGCAGGAGCUCGCGCACGCCCUCUACGCCAACGACGCCAGCGCGCGCGUGAUUGCCCGGCUGAUGAACGAGCGCGACCAGGCGAGGGAGGCGCUCGCCAACAUCCAGGCCACCAUCGGUGCCGGUGGUGCGGCAGCGUCAGGCUCGCGCCAGACGCAGGACGUCGAAAUGGCCGAGGAGGCGCCCGCCGCCAAGGACGGCGGACUUGCGGCGAGCGUCAUUGAGACGAUCGACUCGACAGCGCAGAGGCUGUCGGCGCAGCGCAAGGCCAAGUCAAAGCGCAAGGCGCCUGAGGGCUACGCCACCGCCGCCGACAUCGGCUCGUUUGCCGAGACGCAAAACAUCCCGUCGAUGCACAGCACCAAGCCGCCGGGCGUCACCUGCCUCGAUGUCUCGGCGGACGGCAACCUGAUCGCCACGGGUGGCAACGAUAAGCAGGUCCAGAUCUACGACCGAACGGCCAACAAGGUGCUCGCCACGCUCAAGGGACACACCAAGAAGGUCACGCGCGUCGCCAUCGCCGGCACUGCCGACCCGCCGAUCGGUGCUGAGGCGGCGGCUGCGGACGGCGAGGCGCAAACCCUGCCGGCAUUCGUGCUGAGCGCGAGCGAGGACAAAACGAUCAAGGUUUGGGCUCCGUCGGGCUCGACCUCCGCGAGGGCGGCAGCGUACAAGCUUUCGCAGACCGUGUCGACGCACAAGGGCGAGGUGACGGGACUCGACAUCCAUCCAUCCGGCUCGUUCUUUGGCUCCGCAUCGCGCGACGGCACCUGGGCGCUCCACUCGGUCGAGGACGGCUCCUCGCUGCUGGUCGUCGACGCCCCCGCUGCCGGUUCCGAGAGCGAGGAAGAGGCCAAGGGCGGUUACGAGUAUGAGAGCUUCGCCUUCCACCCAGACGGCCAGCUGGCAGCCACGGGUACCGCCGACGGCACGAUCCGGGUCUGGGACAUCAAGCAGGGCGCCAAGGUCACGACCUUCCGCAACCAGCUGCAAGGGCGGGUGUCUUCGCUGCACUUUAGCGAGAACGGCUACAUGCUCGCCGCCUCCAGCGAGGCGAGCGAGGUCGUCGAGGUGUGGGAUCUGCGCAAGCUCAACCUCGCCGGCGCCAUCCCCGUCGAGGGUGCGGGCGUGCAGAGCGUCCGCUUCGACCCUUCGCUCCAGUUCCUCGCCGUCGUCGGCAAGGACGUCAAGGUGUUUGCCAACAAGAGCUGGAAGCCCCUCUUUACUUUUGACGGCAACGCCGCCGAGCUCACCGACGCCAGGUGGGACAACCGGUCUGGAAGCCUCGUCGUCACUGGCCUUGACAGGACGGUGCGCGCCCUCGGCAAGGCCGACGAGUAG